AGUAUCAGUGAGUGGUCAGUGUUUGAGCGAACUCACCGGCUGCUUUAAAAUAAAUUCGCUUCAGUAAAUAAUACGAAUUCAACGUGUUGCCGCGAAUUAAUUAAAACAAUACUCUGACAAUAUAACAAUAUAAAUUAAUUAAGUUUAUUAAACAUCUAAAAUAAUACAUAGCUGAAAAUGAAUAUCAAAAUAUUUUAAAACAUUCUCAAAUAAAAUUACUCGGUUUUUUUAAAUUUUACAACUCUAUAAACUUUACGAUUCAAAACAAGUCAUGUUUCAUCCACACACAAUCACAUUAACGAGUUUCAUAACCUCGCCGACGGUCGAACACUGUCAGAAUAGUAUUUAUCAGAAUAAAACAGCUGAUAAACUCAGCAAAAAUGAAAACAUACGUGAUUAACUGAGAAGUAAAUCGGCUAAAAAUGGGUAACGAGCAUUCGCAAAUGUCUGGAUUGAACGUGGAAGAGAAAGCCAUUGAAGUGACGGAUUUCUGGUCGCAUCACUCCGCGACUUUAAACACAGGUAACUCAAAUGUUUCCACUGUUUCGGUGUUUAUCGGUGAGCCCUUGGUUGGAGGAUCGCUGUGGAUGACGCAAACGCCUCUCGAGAAAGCAAGCAAAAACUUAAUGCUGCAUCGCCAUCCUUGUAUUCUAAAAUAUGUGAGCUCAUGGAAUAAAGGCUCAAAAUACUAUCUCGCCGUUGAGAAAGUUCGUCCACUCUCGCAUGUACUACAAUCACAAUCAGUGCUACAAAUCUGUAUCGGUUUACAUUCCAUUCUGAAAGGAUUGGUGUUCUUACAUGAGAGAGCAUUAGCAUCACAUAAUAAUGUAUGCACUGCUUCAGUGUAUGUCACCAAAGAUGGCAGUUGGAAACUUGGGGGCUUGGAAUACCUUUGUAAAUUUAAAGAUAUUAACAAUGAGUAUAUGAGGAAGGCAAGAGGCCAUAGAUAUGAAAAAGCAAUUGAUCCCAAUGAAGAUAAACUGUUGGCUAGUAAACAAUUGGAUUUUAUUGAUAUCUAUGCAUUUGCAGUGCUUGUCAAUGAAGUUUUCAAGCAUAUCAAAGGCAACAAAGAUGAUACAAUACCAUUAAAUCAAUUUUUGGAACUGUGUAAAACUGAAUUACAUCAUCCAGAUGUCCAACAACGACCGAAAUUGUCUUCGUUGCUUGACGAUGGGUUUUUCAACCAUGACUUUAUCACAAUUCAUUCUUUCUUAGUCGAACUGCCAUUGAAAUCCGAUCAGGAAAAAGAUCAAUUUUUCAGUACAUUAAUUCCACGUCUAAGGAAUUUUAAACAACAAAUUGUAGCGAAACAACUUGGUGGUUUACUUUUAUCACGCAUGGUUUUGUUGAAUAAAACAGCGCAGACCAAAGUAAUUCCAGAGGUUUUAAAUCUGAAAGACAACAAUGACGAUGCCUUAUUUGAUGUUUCCACGUUUAGAGAACACAUUGUUCCGAUUCUUCUAGAAAUUUUCUGUGUGCGCGACGCGCAGAUACGACUUUUACUCUUGGAAUAUUUUAAUAAUUUCAUUGGUUGCUUCACACAGGAACAACUACAGAAUAAAAUCUUACCAGAGCUGUUGUUAGGAAUCAAAGACACUAAUGAUCAUCUAGUCGCUGUUACACUUCGGUCGUUAGCAGAUUUAGUACCAAUGUUGGGAUCAGCCGUGGUGAUUGGUGGAAAACGCGCGAAAUUGUUCAAUGAUGGUCUCCCGAUUGCGCAUAAACCUUCAUCUGGAUCUCGGCGAAGUUCCGCGCGUGUCAGUUUACAUCACAUUCCUGCAAUUACAUCACAAAAUGAGAGCGAUGUGUUGAGUAACAGUUCCGGGACAGAGAUUCCCCCCGAUUUGAUUCUUAAUGAGCGGCCAUCUCCUGAUGGUGAAGAAGGUGACACCUCAACCAUCACAGAUGAAGGACUGGAAGAUAAUCAACUUGACGUUGAAGAUAGCGUAGGUUUUCCAAAUAACGAAGUCUGGGAUGAUUGGGAUAUAAACGAUGUGGAUAAUAAUGAUGCGACUUCAUCACAGGGCGUUGAUAAUAUUGAUAGUAUUACAAAUUUUGUACAAUUGUCAUCAAUGAGUUUAACGGGGAGUCCAAACGAUCAAAAUGGUAAUACACAUGCAAAUCAUAACAAUCGCAAGGCAGAACUGCCUGAUAUACUUGAACUAGAUAUAAAAAAUGUUAAGAAUGGCGAGAAUUCCGAAGAGUUUGACUUUUUCCAAGACAUGGAACCCGUUAUCAAUACGACAAGUAAGUUUUUAAUUAGUGAGGAUGUAAAGGCGAUGCAGGAGGAUGAGUCGGACGGUUAUCGGAAUAAAAAGAUUGUGGAUGUUAGUCAUACCAGCGCAGCGAAUAUCAGUAGUACGCUCGAUUGGAGUGUGAAUGUCAACGCGGAACAUCAGGAGGAAGGAUGGGGCGAUGACUUGGACGGAUGGGAUUAAUGUUUUAUUUGUUAUUUGAUUAAAUAAUAUUUAAAAAUA